GUGUAAACAGGAAGUUUUGAAAAGUGUGUCUCUGCAGUCAGUCUACAACGAUAAGACAUUCUGCCAGUUGUUUUGUUUCAGUGAUUAUUUCCAAACUUUACCAUAUAGUUGUGGAGUCCUGUUACAUUAGUAGUGUUUUUACAAUAGAAAUGAUUCAAUGAAAAUAAUUUAAAGAUUACUGUUAAAGAUUACUGUCACUGUGGCUUAGUGGUUAGCACGUUCGCCUCACACCUCCAGGGUCCGGGGUUCGAUCCCUGCCGGGGCCCUGUGUGUGCGGAGUUUGCAUGUACUCCCCGUGCUGCUCCGGGUACUCCGGUUUCCUCCCCCAGUCCAAAGAUUGGCGUGUCUAAAGUGUCCGUAGUGUAUGAAUGCGUGUGUGAGUGUGUAUGUGAUUGUGCCCUGCGAUGGACUGACAGCCUGUCCAGGGUGUACCCCGCCUUAUGCCCGAUGCUCCCUGGGAUUGGCUCCAGGUUCCCCUGCGACCCUGAUGAAGGAGUAAACGGUAGAAGAUGGAUGGACGGAUGGAUUAAUGUCACUGUCAGAUGUAACCUUCGGUUAAAUAAACGCCUGACUGAAAUGACGCAAGCCAAACCUUCUUGUAAGCGUUUUCAGCCGUUUCAGUGGACGAGCAAUUUGUGGGAAAGCGUCAGUGUACACAGACAGAGUUUUUAAAAGGGGAUUUCAGAUUUCAGAUCUAACUGGAUUAAUGUGUUCGUAGCCUUAAAGCUAACCGUUAAUAUGAGGAGUUUGAUUUUACAGGUCUCACAUGUUUAAGGUGCAUUAAAUAGUUUCUGUUUUUUUGUUACCAAAAAAACUCCCCGCAUGGAUCUGUCUCUAAACUGAAGAAAUAUUUGACUGGCCUGAAAAAGCUACCUUGUAUAUGAGUGUAGGAGUAGUCUCAUUAUAACCUUAGCCUUACUUGGUGAGCUGCAUAGGCGGCUAGCUAUAGCUUUCACAAAAAGCUCUAGUCACCUGCGUAGGUGUUUUGAUGUAGUUAAUGCAUUAAUGUUGAUGUGCUUAUUGAGGUACUUUUUUCUGUGGUAUCAGAUCACUGAAUAUGACUGGAACAUAUACCAGCAUUAGUUUGAUAUAGCUAUGUUAAUAGUAUUAAACAAGUGUGUGUGCGGGAGAGAGAGGGAGAAGGAGGGAGAGCGAGAGAGAUUUCAGCGGUGUGUGUUAUAUGAGCUACUGGUACUGAGAUAUGAUCCGUGACUGAAAUGGAAAAAGCUACAUUUGAUACGUAUCUAUAGCUAAGACUUAAGAUCAGCUGUUGUUUUUUUAUUUAUUGUCAGUCUGGUUUUAGUAAUAUGGAUCAGACAUGGUUUCUGACGGUAUAAUGUCAUAUAUGCUAUUAAAAUGAAUCAAAUAAACAAAACCAUAACUAAAAAUGUAGUGCAUCUUUCUUUUUUUUCUAACAUGGCAAAUGAAGCAGUGUCUUAUUUAACAUUGUGCUCGAUAGUGUAAACACCAUCACAGCUGCAACCUGCUACUGCUCUGUGUGUAUGUUUUACAGACUGUUCUAUCUCAUUUGCUGUCUGAAGGCUAUAUGAUUGUCAGAAUAAAUUCUAGUUGAAUGCGUCGUGCUGUGAAAGGGGCUGAGCUGCCGUGGAAAGUGUUGUGUGCGUGUGUGUGCUCUUUGUGAAGCAGAUGAGCCCCAUGGUUUGAUUAAUGCAACAUAAAUCCAGGCUAGAGUAGAGUAGGCUUAGUUUCAGCCAUGGUAAUUUCUCUAACAAAUUAGAUUGUGCCUUAUGUGCUCCUUGAAACGCUGCUUCUUCCCCACUUCACCUUCCAGCUAUCUAUGUGUGUCCUUCCUUUCUUUCUCCGUGUGAUUGCCCGGUUUUAGCUGUGCUUCGGCCAUCUUUUUCUGGAAGCCUUUAACAGCAUUAAGGACUCUGUCAGGCGGAUGGACGGAAGAGAGGGCCUUUAUUUUCCCGAGCUCACCAUCGAACAGUGAGCAGGGAGGCGGGCUCUAAGCACAGGGGCUGAAGCUCAAAGCACAUGCACAGCUCAGCCUCUUCAUGAAUAAUUUAUCAGAUCAUCCCUGCUGAUUGGAGUCAGCUGGAGGAAGUGGUUUUGUGGGUGGGUUUGAGAGCUUUAGAGCAAGCCCGGACAAGUAGUGGCCGAGCGAGCGUGUGUUUCUCUGAGUGUACAAGGGAAAGGUGAAUGUAGGGCAGCUUGCUACUGUAGCUGGAGGUGUGUGUGUGUGUCUGUGUGUGCCAUCGUUUAGGGCCUGUGUUUGUCCUGUUUCUUCACUGCUGCUGUGCCGCUUCUGCUUUCAGCAACACCUCAUCCCCCACUGGAUUUACACAGGGGACAUGUAACCUUUCCAACAAGGCUUUGUGUGUGUGUGUGUGUGUGCUUACGAGAAAGAUAGAAAGCGAGGGAGGUACCAGCCUCCCUUACAAAGGAUUCACCGAUGCAUUCAUGUUGGAAAAUGAAGCUUCAGAAUGAGAAACCGCUGGGUCAUUCUGCAAGCAGGUCCAGCAACAUUUCAAAGGCAGGAAGCCCGUCUUCUGUGAACGCCCCCAUCGGCUUCUCUCGAACUUCAGUCACGCCUUCAAACCAGGACAUCUGCAGGAUCUGUCACUGCGAGGGUGAUGAGGACAAUCCACUGAUCACACCAUGUCACUGCACAGGCAGCCUGCGCUUCGUGCACCAGGCCUGUCUGCAGCAGUGGAUCAAGAGCUCAGACACACGCUGCUGUGAGCUCUGCAAGUUCGAGUUCAUCAUGGAGACCAAACUAAAGCCGUUGCGCAAGUGGGAGAAGCUGCAGAUGACAGCCAGCGAGAGGAGGAAGAUCAUGUGCUCCGUAACUUUCCAUGUCAUCGCCAUUACGUGCGUGGUGUGGUCGCUGUACGUCCUGAUCGACCGCACUGCAGAGGAGAUCAAACAAGGGAUUCUCGAGUGGCCUUUCUGGACCAAGCUUGUGGUGGUGGCCAUCGGCUUCACCGGCGGACUGGUUUUCAUGUAUGUGCAAUGCAAAGUCUAUAUCCAGCUGUGGAGGAGACUUAAGGCCUACAACAGAGUGAUAUAUGUGCAAAACCGGCCAGAGACCUAUAAAAAGAAUAUUUUCGAUAAACCUGUACUCAUGGAGCCAAACUUGGAUAAUAAGGAGGGUUUCGGGCCAGCGCAGUCAGACACAAACUCUUCGCAGUACACAGAGACCGAGGACUACAGCAUGGAGAUACUGCACGUGUGAGCCGCGCAUGCCCAGCCCAAUUCCACUGGACCAGAUGAUGCUUUGCCCCCUGCCAGGGUACAGUUGGCACCACAGGGUACUGGGCAGAGUAACUGAGACAGAACUCCUCCUGUUUUUUAGGUGUUUUCUUUGUUUUGUCUGUUCUGUUCCUGUAAGUUGUUGGCUAGCCAUUAUGAGUCGGUGUGCACCAGGUCCAACUACUGCCAUUGUACUACUCUUGUAAGAGAUGUGUGAAGCACCCUUGUGUGCAUCUGUGCUCACCGCGUGCGUGAGUAUGUGUCUCUGCGCUGGUUCUAAUGGAGUCCUUAACAAUGCAUUUAAGCACUUUUUAGUUCCCUCUUUUAAGGCUCUGCUGUUUUAAUACCCAUCCAUUUAUAUAUACAUAAGGGAAAAAAAAAAAGAAGCUUGAAGUUUUGAGAGUUUUUCUCGCAUUUUGUAUGACAUUUUUUAUUCCCACUCAAACGUUGGAUGUAAAAAAAAAAAAAAAAGGAAAUUUGAGGAGAUAUAAGGGAAAAUGGACAUGUUUUUAGAGCGAUCAUGCCAUCUUUCAUAAAAAAAAAAAAAGAAGAAGAAGAAAAAAGUUGAUCAGUCUUUUUUCAUUUGUUUGAUCUCGUAUUUGACUAAAUUCUAAAGGUGAUACUUAUUCACAAUGAAAUUAAUGAUUAUCUACUAGAUAAUCACUAGACUAGAGACUAGAGCCACUUGCACAGUUUUAGCAUGUUUGCUAUUACUGUAAUUUGUGACAGGCCCAACAAGAAUACGUUGACCACUAGCUAUGAUACGGCUUCUGUCUUGGCUAUCUGCCCUUAAGCGUUCCUUUUGAGGGCUCGAAAAUGUAGAUCAUUUUUAAAAUCUCACCCAUUACUAGUUAGAGGACAUUUUCCUGUGGAGGUUCAAUUACUUGUAGCGUCACAACACCUUUGUAGAUGAUUCGUGUUUUCUAUACGUGACUGACUCUUUAGAUUGAGUAUUUGUUUUGACCACUUUCCUUAAGAAUUCAAUUCCUUUACGUUAUUUUUAUCACCCAAUAAGACAGUUUUGUAUUCAUGGUUUCAUAGAGAUUCAUUUUGUUCCUACAACCAUACACACGUUUACACGGGACCUGACACAAUUGGCUUGGCUUGACAAACAUAACUGUAGCCUUUCAACACUUUGCUUUAUUCCUUUAUCAUUACACUUCAUCAUGCAUAUCUAAAAUAUUAUUUCAGCAUGCAUGACCUUAGCAUAUGACAUCUUAAAAACGGCAGUAACUUGAUCGAUCUUGGAGAAGUCAACAUAUUCUGUAAAAAUUUGUUGCAUGGUGUCCCAAAAAUAGAUUCUUUCCGUCCUUCUCUUAAAAGUUACAGAAUGUUGUAAGGGUGUUAUGGUUAUAAACGUUGGGAAAUUUCCAUGUUAACUGUGACUUUCACCAUUUCCUCAUGCAGUAAGUGUUUUUGAUAUAACAAAUCACCUUUAUCUCCCUUAUUGUCAGAAUGUCAGGACGAACCUGAAAUCCGAGAAUACUUCUGCCAUCUAGUGGCAGGGGUCACAUUCUACAUUUUGUUAUACAGACUUUAAUGUACCAUGAAUGCUUGGUGCAAUUUGAGCAAAAUGAAAAGUGCAAUUACAGUUUGUUGAGGGGAUCAUCCUUGCAGUCCUUUUUUUUUUUUUUUCCCAGUUUUCACAUAGGGUAUUUAAUUCCACAGUUUAUGCAAAUAACACUACAGGUUUGAUGUUGCACAGCUAAUAUAAUAUUGGUCUUAGGUCCUUUGAGCUCGAGAGCGGAUCUCAACUAUCUAUCGCUUUGCUAUGUUAUGACUGUGGGAAUGCCCUUUACAAGCUUGUAAAUCCUAACAAGCGCAGUUUUACACAACUGCAGCCUGGCGUCCUGUAUGAUUUGAUUCAUUUUACUUUAGAAAUCAGUGUACAGAUGGAUUUUCGUUAGAUAAACAGGAGCUGGCUCCUUUAAGUCUCUGGCAGUGUGGGACCGCUGACAAUUUAUGGAAUGAAGUUCAAACUGUAAUAUUUUUGGACAAGGUAUGAUUUGGAAAAAUGUCUGGAUUGUAAUACUGCAUAUGCCUUGUCAGGUGUCAGCUUUGCUGAAUUGCUGCACUGCGUCUGCUUUGUUUAGCGUUGCUCUGUUGCAGUAAUUGUAUUGUUUGUCUCUUGACUCUUCAUUGCUGCAGGUUGCUAGUAGUCGAGCUCUGACGAUCAUGUGAUCGAUCACGCUUACUAACAAACAGAUGACACGUGCUUAAAAAGUGUUUCUUGCAAACUGCAAUUUAUUACUACUGAAUCAACUUGAAUGUGGUCAACAUGACUGUUUCCUAGCCCUCUCUUAUUUCAUUCUUCUCUCUGCGAUUUUUUUCUUUGAAUAGUAAAAGUAGUUUUUCAUAAUGUUUUUAAUGAAAUCUUGAUGUGCUUUGUUUUCGUUUGAUUUCCCAUAUUUGAGUAUAUAGACUGUAAAACAACCAAAUAAAAUGAAGUAAACCUAUACAUUGUUGCAAAUGAGACAUUUUUGUUUUUGCCACACUCUGUGCUGCUGUUAUAAAGCGGUGGUUCUUUGACACAACACUGCCUAAAGAAUUGAAACUGUCAUGUUUUUUUUUUUUUGGAAUAUCCAUUUCCUCGGUUUCCACACGGCUACUAAAUGUCAUCAAGGCCUUUUUGCAAGCACUGUGUCAAACUAGAGAAGCAGUGGACCUGAUUGAAAACAUUGCCGUGGCUUUCUCAGUAGCUAAAUAUGGUUUUGUGAAUCUGAGAAGACUGUAAUUUACAUGUAUAGUUUUGUAUUUUAUGUAUCUGUACUUUUUUUUCCUCAGUAUUAUUACGCUUUUAAGACGUUGACUUUAAGUUUCUUAAUUGACAUGUAAGUGAUGUUGUUUCGUGUUUUUAAGGGGAGAUUAAAUGGAGCAAUAAAAUAAAACCUUGAUGAAGCCAG